UCUUCCCCUCAGACACUUAAUUUAGCUGCCAGGGCAGACAACUGGUUUCUCAGCAGCCUUCUUUUAUCAGCUUAGCUUCAGUGAAGCCGUUUCCUUCACUAAAAACUGUUCCUGGUGCUCCAGGGAUUUUCAGAGCUGUUCUCCGGGAGCUGCUGCCAGACUAGACCAGGCAAAGCCGUCACUUGUUUUCGAACAAAAUCUGUUUCAAAGCACCCUCUGUUGGCUGAGCGUCCCUUCUCUGUUCUCCCCGGGUGUGUGAGAAAGCUAGUAACCAGCCAGCAGAUUUAUUGCAGUAUAAUCACGCUAAAAUGGAGUAAUUUCUGAUUAAUGGGAAACCUAUGCUAUUGGUAAAAGAUGUCUGAUGAUUAAUUGGAACGAUGAGAUGUCAUCUCUGAUAGGUACUUAAGGUUACUACAGUAAUUUGCAUGCUCUGCUCUGUUCUGUGGGAGGUGUCUCAAAAUGAAGCUGUAUAUCUUGCUCCUACGGAUAUGAAUUGUACAAGCCAGUUAAAAAGAGUUCCCAGAAAUAUCGGGUACAAGCCACAGCAGAGAAAUCGGUGCAAAGGACACAGCCACAGAGAGCAAGCCACUUCUCUGCUUUCUGAAUUUUCCAGAUGCUUAUCUGUCAUCUGUAGUACCAUGGGACCGCUUCUUCCUCAUACACGAUAGUAGAACCCACCGCUCUGUGAUCUGCAGUGAAGGACAGCGUUCAAGCGAAGGGUUUAUCAAAGAAAUAUGACGGGGUAUGUACAUUUGGUCUUCCUAUCUACCUUCCUCUCGGUUUCUAUGACAUCUGAAACAUUUGAUGCAAUGGAAGGUGAAGCUUUAGUUAUAAAAUGUCCCCAGUGGAGUUCAUCUGUGAAAGUCAACUGGUAUCACACAGAUACUAACAAAAUAAUUCCUGCAGAAGAAGAGGGAUCACAAGUAUUUUCCUUAGAGCGAUUUCUUUGGUUUCUGCCAACUUGUAGACAGGAUUCUGGAAACUACAGUUGUGUUACACAUUUUCCAUAUAAUCGCACAAAGUCGUUCAACAUCAGUGUGCAGGUGCACCCAUACAAGCAAGGAGUAUGUUUCCCAAGUCAGAUUCGUUACCCAAAUGACACUGGAAGAGGAAAAAUUGUUUGUCCUACAAUUGACAAUUAUAAGAAUGCUACUAUCAUCCAGUGGUAUAAGGACUGUAAACCUCUUCAGGGACAGAGAUACUUCAAGGGAGAUAAAUAUAUUUUUAUUAACAACCCAAGAAAGGAGGAUGAUGGUUAUUAUACUUGUCAAUUUACCUACACUCAUAAAGGAAAUGUGUUUAACGUAUCAGCAACAAGGAUUUUCAUAAGUAAGGCAAAACACUCACUUCUGCCUCCUCAAAUUUUAUUUCCAAAGGAUAAAGGUAUAAUAGAAGUGGAGCUUGGUGCUGCUUUGUCUCUGAAAUGUCAGGCCCGCCUGGGGAUUAAGAAACAGCCGAUCGCUGUUGUCACAUGGGAUAUAGAUAACAUCCCAGUGAAACACUUAGAUUCUUCAAGAUUUCAUGAAAAAACUCAUUUUUUUGAAGGACGUGAGCAAGAAUAUUACAGAGAGACCACUUUGCAUAUUACUGAAAUAAAAAAGGAGGAUCUGCAGGCAAAUUUCACAUGUGUAGCGGUGAACGAAAUGCAGAACACAAAAGCCACGGUGACGUUAAAACUUAAAGCACAAAGUGAGGUCGGUCUUCCUAACGUCCCCUUGAUCGUAGGAUCUCUAGUUUUGCUGGUUGCAAUAGCAGUCUCUGUUAUACUUUAUCAGUCCUUCCGAGUUGAUAUCGUCCUACUGUAUCGGGAGAUAUUUCAGCCCUACUCAGUCAAGGACGACGGGAAGAUAUAUGAUGCAUAUAUUAUCUACCCCAAAAGCCACACCAAUGAAGCUAAUUUUGUGGAAUAUUUUGUUUACCAAAUCAUGCCAGAUAUUCUAGAAAAUAAAUGUGGAUAUAAACUGUGUAUUUAUGGGAGAGAUAUAUAUCCCGGAGAAGAUACAGCCAGUGCAAUUGAGAAGAGGAUGCAGAAGAGCAGACGGCUGAUCAUCCUUCUAACCCACCAUCUGAUUAAUUGUAAAGAACAUGCUUAUGAUCAACACAUUGCUUUAUACAACGCCCUCAUUCAAAAUGAUACAAAGGUGAUCCUGCUGGAAAUGGAGACAAUUGGGACUUAUGAGAAGCUUCAGGAAUCUCUUAGAUUUAUUAUUAAGCAGCAAGGUACCAUCAAAUGGAAAGAGCAGCACACUGUGCACCCACAGUCAUCCAAUUCUAGGUUCUGGAAACAGGUGAGGUACCACAUGCCGCUGACACGCAAGUCCUCAUGCUCAGCUAAUGCCGGGUGAACAGUCUAUGAAAAUACUGUUACACUACAAGGAUGGACCACAUGCCUGCACCUCUUUUUCCUUUCAGUAGGUACACGAUUUUACAGUCUGGAAGUCUGGCUGUCUUUUUGAACUUUUUUCAGUCCUUUAAUUGAGUAACGAUAAGGUAAACUGAGGGAAGAGGUCUGGGGAAGUAAGGGAAGUUUUCAUAGGUAUGGGAGUUCUGUAAAUAAAUCAUUCUAGGCUGUCUGCAGAAUUUUGCAAGUCACAGAUAACAAAAUGUACCUAUACUCUUUCUAUAUAUAGUUUACAUAUAACUGAAAGUUAUGAUUCUGAAUAGCUGAAUGUCCUGCAGGUUUGCUUUACCUUUCCAAUGCAGUUGAUCAAACAUAAAUGCCUUCUGUAUUAUUUGACUAGAAAGUAUAAUGUGUAUUAUGCAACUAGAAAAUGUAAUGUUGUGCUUUUGUUAAUUUUUUUCCACCACUUAUUCCUUUUUGAUUCGAUAGUAAUACUCGUACCAUGACAUUUUAUUUUUUCCUUAGUACAGAUGCCUCAGUACAGGCUCUUUUGAGACUGAUGUAAAUACAGCAUUUAAACCCCCCUGCAGUGUUAAGGGAAAUAAAUAAACUGAUAUAUAUUUAUAUGCAUUUUUUAUAUUUUUUAUAUAUAUAUAUAUUAAACUGAAUCUCACACAAAGGGGAAAUUUUGAAUCUUUCAGGUACAACAGACCAUGCUGUUACUGUUGCUAUUAUCUCCAGAUAGAAAUAACAGGUUAGGGUGUUUUUUGUACACUGACAGCAUUUCUUUAAGCUACUGAAAAAAAGAGACUGCAUUUUUAUAGCAGGCAGUAUCCCCUUUUUUUUUCCUCCUGCUUUGACUUUAUGUCUAGUUACACUUAUGUCCCAUAGGGAAUAUCCUGAGAUGCAAAGGUCAGAGCCAAAUCUCCUCCUAGUUCAGGGGAGUAUGAACAAAAUGUGUUCUAGUAUGGACAUCCUUGCAAAAUUUAAUAUUUUUAGCUUCUUAAAACCAGGAAUUUUCUUAUUGUUGGAGAAGGCUUGGUUUUGAGCUUCAGGCUUGCUACCGAAUGGACUUAAAAAGUGAAAAUUAGAUGCAGAACACCUGAUGUUACCAAGUCCAGGCUUACAGAACAGGCAAGUCCUUUCCUUUUACUGUAAGUUUUUAUUGAAUGUGGAUCUUCAGACUUAUGGAUAGCUAUUUGGAGUAGGAAAAAUAUGUAUGCAAUAUAUGUAUAGAUUUUUUUGAACAUUAAAUUAAAAGUUCUAUGGCAAACUAAA